UAUCUUUCAAUGGUUCCAUGCCACGUUGGCAGUUUAGCGCUGCGCGCUAUUAUGAUUAUUCAUAGAAAAGGCGUUUACCCCAACGGUCUACGUACUAAUAUUUCUAAUUAUUGAAAAUGUGAAGACGCCGAUGUAACCAAGUGCCGAAAGCGUUGUGAAAAAUUUUCUGACAGUUUCCAAGUGUGCGUUCGGUGACGAGCUGCAGGGUGGGGCGAGGAUAAAAGUAAAAGAGCCCGGGCUGCCUCGUUGGCGAGCUUCCUCGCCUUUUCCACGACCUCACGUCAAUCUGCGAUGAUCGCACGCAUCGUUAAGUGCUGACUGGUGCAACAACAAGUCUCUACAGUGAUGUCGUCAGACAUGAACCUGUUUGAUUUUCUGGACGACACGUUUCUCAAAGGGGACGUUAAGGAUGAGCUGUUCAUUGACCACAAUUACAGCGACGUCAUCACGGCAGAGGAAUGCCCAACGAAUCCCGACGACCUGUUCGCUUCGAUCUUGAAGAUGGAGGAGGACCCGCUCGACUUCAACCUGAUAGGAAAGGAUUUGGAGACGAUCGCGUCAUCCUCAUCGGAUAGCGGACUUUCUAGCGCGCUGAGCCUUUCCUACGAACAGCAAUUGAGUCCAUUCCUGUCGAGGCCGGACAACAAUGAGGAAGAGGAGCUUGGCAAUUCCGACUUGAACAGUCCGCAGGAUUUUAUGGAUUUCGAGCCUGCGGCCAGCCCGUCCUUAGGCAGCGUAGAUAGCCCUGUUAGAUCAGUCAUGAGCUCGAAUAUCGGUUCACCGACCACUGAUGUGACCGAAGAAAUGGAUUACGAGCAAUCUUUAGUUGCUAUUGUUACGCCAAACAAUACCAUGCCAAGCCUGAAUACUAGUGUCCCUACGGAACAACCGGUCAUCUCUACCGAUUCAACACCUAAACAGCAAGUGCAACUUACACCACAAGAAAACACCGUAAACAUUCGCAAUCUGACAUGUAAUGGAAAGCGAAAUGUUCGACAAUUGAUACGCGUCACUCCAAUGGGUUCCGUUAAUCCGCGAUCUAUCCUGUUGCCAGUAAAUCUGAAAGACAUGAAGGAAGUCCGAACUAUUAAAAUUAUGACAACACCAGCGAAAAAUUUAAAAGGCUUCAAGAUCAAUCAAGCAAACAUUAUCAAUAAACCAAUUCAAAUGACUAUCAAACAAGAGGAUUCCAGCAGUGAUAAAGGUAGCAAUUCCAGUGAUGAAGUGACAUCGGAAACAGACUCGACUUACCCACGACUAAAGUUAAAUGCCGAGGAGAAGCGAUUAUUGCAAAAAGAGGGCAUUACAUUGCCUAGUCAUUAUCCUUUGACAAAGCACGAGGAGCGUGAAUUAAAGAGAAUCAGACGCAAGAUCCGUAAUAAGAUAUCCGCGCAGGAUUCUCGUAAGAGGAAAAAGGAGUAUGUGGAUGGUUUGGAAGAUCGCGUGAAAAAGUGUACACAGGAGAAUGAAACUUUAAUAAAACGCAUCAAAGCUUUACAGUCUCAGAAUCAGAGUCUCGCCGGUCAAUUAAAGAGACUACAAGCGCUCAUACAAAAGAGCAACAAGAGCGCUCAGCCGGCAACUUGUCUGAUGGUUUUGCUGCUUUCGUUAGCUCUUGUCGCUUUACCGAAUUUGCGACCACAUUCCAAUAACAAUAAUGAUUUAACACAAGAGCAGGAACAACCAGAGAAAACAUCACUCGCAGGUCGCUCAAGAACUUUAUUGUACACGAAGCAGCUGAUGGACGAAGACCUACAGCAAUACGGCGAAGAGCUAUUGCAGGAGGUCGAAGGUCUUCUGGAUCAUGAUUACAGCCCAGUAAUACAGAUGCCCUCUUACAAACGUCCGCGCAUUGACAGCGAAACUACUCCUAAGUACGUCUCUUCUAUCAAUCAUGUGGGAGGAACGCUUGGCUUAAAACCAGAUCUUGCUAUCUCAAAGAUGAAGAAACAAUAUAUCGAACCACCGCUGGAUGAUACAUGGCCACCGCCCAAUCCAGGUGGCGUCCAGAAGACAGUCAAAGUGGAUAAACUUGAAACUCUUACUAACGAGUUCAAGAUUAACAUCUCCGAUGCCGAAGGCAUGAGGACAGUUCUUGUCAAGAUGCCUCAUGAUAAGUAAGAUGGAAUGUGUUUAUUUUUUUAGCAGCAAAAUAAUAGAAUCUUGUUUAGCUUAAGAAUUUACAAUAGAUUAGAAAUAUAUUUUGAAGCGGUAACAAGGUAACAGAUUAAUUUUCUCCGGACGUUUAAAUGUUAUGGUCGAUUCCGUUAAAACAAGUUUUUUUUAUAGCCAAAACAAUAACUGUAUUUAAUACAUGCAAUGAUUAUGCAAUCAUUAAACAGAAAUGAUUGUGAAUAAAGUAGUAGCUACCUGUAGAUAUGGCCAUUUUCCAAAAACCAAUUGUUUUCUAACUUCAGUCAAUAUAUUUCUCAACAAACAUCGAAUUAUUAAUACUAUUAUUGAUUUAUUAUUAUAACGAUGUGAUGAUAUUAAACUGUUCAACUGUGAACCGCAGGCGGCCGCAGUCAAACAUUUUGCAACGUUUUCUUGUUCGCUGAAUGUGGUUCAUUUAAAUAGGGAUGAAAAGGAGAAAGGGAGGAAGGCUGGGAGGAAAGAAA